CGGCAGAUUUGUCAAGUUGCGAAAUUUAAUCCUUGGGGCUUUUUUUUAUAAUGUCCGAUUCGGGUGCGGAAAAUGCCGAAAAAGCGGAGGAGCAGGAGCUGCCGGAAGAAGUGGAUACCGCCAAGUUGCUAGAAACCGCAGCCGCCAUUCAGGAGGACGAGGAUCUGGCAAAUAUCGUGACCGCCGAGGAGUAUUUGAUGUGCAAGGAUGUGGUCCUCCUGGAAUACGAGAAACAAAUGUUUCUCGAUCAGGUACAGGCCGAUGGUCUUCUCGUAUGCGCCAAGGGCCUGAGCUACGAGCGCGUUUUGAUCAACAUCCUGAAGGCCUACAGCGAUUCCGGGAACCUGGUGCUUGUGAUCAACAGUUCCGACUGGGAGGAGCAGUACUACAAGUCCAAAAUGGAACCAAAAUUCGUCCACGAAGUGGCAAACACGGCCACCGAAAGAGAGCGCGUAUAUCUGGAAGGUGGCCUGCAGUUCAUCAGCACCCGCAUCCUGGUGGUGGACCUGCUCAAGCAGCGCAUUCCCAUCGAGCUGAUCAGUGGAAUCAUAGUCCUGCGGGCGCACACCAUUAUCGAAAGCUGCCAGGAGGCAUUCGCCCUGCGUUUGUAUCGCCAGAAGAACAAAACCGGCUUCAUAAAGGCCUUCUCCAGUAGUCCGGAGGCCUUCACCAUUGGCUACUCGCAUGUGGAGCGCACCAUGCGCAAUCUGUUCGUCAAGCACUUGUACAUUUGGCCACGUUUCCACGCCACCGUUCGUGGCGCCUUGCAGCCGUGGCAGACACAAACGAUCGAGCUGCAUGUUCCGCUCAGCCAGAGCAUGACCUCCAUACAAACGCACAUCCUGGACAUUAUGAACUUUCUGGUGCGCGAGAUCAAGCGGAUCAAUCGAACCGUUGACAUGGAGGCUGUCACCGUGGAGAACUGUGUGACCAAAAAGUUCCACAAGAUCCUGCAGGCGCAGCUGGACUGCAUUUGGCAUCAGCUCAAUUCACAGACCAAGUUAAUAGUGGCGGACCUCAAGAUUUUGCGUAGUCUAAUGAUUUCCACCAUGUACCACGAUUCCGUGAGUGCCUACGCCUUGAUGAAACGCUAUCGGAGCACGGAGUAUGCCCUGAGUAACUCCGGAUGGACUUUACUGGAUGCCGCCGAGCAGAUUUUCAAGCUCUCCAGGCAGCGCGUUUUCAAUGGCCAGCAGGAAUUCGAGCCCGAACCCUGUCCCAAAUGGCAGGCUCUCACGGAUCUGCUCACCCAGGAUAUACCCGGUGAUAUGCGACGUUGUCGGCGAUCGGAGCAACCAAAAGUGUUGAUCCUGUGCCAGGAUGCUCGCACUUGCCAUCAGUUGAAGCAGUAUCUCACGCAAGGUGGGCCACGUUUUCUGCUGCAGCAGGCACUGCAUCAUGAGGUGCCAGUGGGCAAACUGAGCGAUAAGUACGCCAAGGAGAGCCAAGCAAAGGGAGCUCCAACAAAGGGCGAGGCUACCUCAAAAAUGGAGCCUCUUAAGGAGGAGCUUUCUAGCUCCCAACCACCCCCGGCUGGUAUGGAUGAACUGGCUCAGCUUUUAAGCGAAUCGGAGACGGAGGGCCAGCACUUCGAGGAGAGCUACAUGCUCACCAUGACGCAGCCGGUGGAGCAGGAGCUAUUGAUGGACAUUAAACCCGAUCCGGAUGUGUCCAUUUUCGAAACCAUACCGGAACUGGAGCAAUUUGAUGUCACAGCGGCACUGGCAGCUGUGCCUCACCAGCCAUAUAUAUGCUUGCAGACCUUCAAAACAGAGCGGGAGGGUUCCAUGGCACUGGAGAGCAUGUUGGAGCAACUGCAGCCGCACUAUGUGGUUAUGUACAAUACGAAUGUCACGGCCAUUCGACAGUUGGAGGUUUUUGAAGCCAGGCGCCGCUUGCCGCCAGCAGAUCGCAUCAGGGUUUAUUUCCUGAUCCAUGCACGCACCGUGGAGGAGCAGGCUUACCUGACAAGUUUGCGUCGCGAGAAGGCAGCCUUUGAGUUGAUUAUCGACACUAAAAGUAAAAUGGUGAUACCCGAGUACCAGGAUGGCAAAACCGAUGAAGCCUUCUUGCUGUUUAAGAGUUACGAUGAUGAAUUGACGGGUGAGAAUGCCAAGAGUCGUCAGGCAGGCGGGCAAGUUCCGCAGGCCUCCAAGGAGACGCCCAAGGUAAUUGUGGAUAUGCGUGAGUUUCGGUCGGAUUUGCCCUGCCUGAUUCACAAGCGUGGAUUGGAGGUCCUGCCCUUGACCAUUACAAUUGGCGACUAUAUACUCACGCCGGAUAUUUGUGUGGAGAGGAAGUCCAUCUCCGAUUUAAUUGGUUCCCUGAAUUCCGGAAGAUUGUACAACCAAUGCGUGCAGAUGCAGCGGCACUAUGCAAAGCCCAUUCUGCUGAUCGAAUUCGAUCAGAAUAAACCCUUUCAUCUGCAGGGGAAGUUUAUGCUAUCGCAGCAGACAAGCAUGGCCAAUGCGGAUAUUGUGCAGAAACUUCAACUGCUUACGUUGCAUUUUCCAAAACUCCGACUCAUUUGGUCACCCAGUCCGUAUGCAACGGCCCAGCUUUUCGAGGAACUGAAGCUGGGCAAACCCGAACCGGAUCCCCAGAAGGCGGUGGCCCUCGGCAGUGACGAGCCAACGGCUGGCGAGCAAUUGCAUUUCAACAGCUCCAUCUACGAUUUCCUGCUACGCCUGCCCGGCGUUCACACGCGGAACAUACACGGCCUGCUCCGGAAGGGUGGCAGCCUGCGGCAAUUGUUGCUGCGCAGCCAGAAGGAGCUGGAGGAGCUGGUGCAGUCGCAGGAGAGUGCCAGGCUGCUGUACGACAUCCUGCAUGUGGCCCACUUGCCGGAGAAGGACGAGGUGGCCGGCUCGACGGCGCUGCUGGCAGCUGGCAAGCAAUUUGGCGCCGGAUCGCACAAUCGCUUCAGGAAGGCGGCAGCCGAGUCGAGGCGGGGUCGUCGCUAGAGUCCUGAAGAAGGGACAGGGGGGAAUACCAAUGAGCUGCAGGUGCACGAUUUAAACCACCCACAUUAUAUCCAAAGAGCAGAAGUUGGAGGAGCGCAAACUGCAGCAGAAGAAUCGGUAGCCGGACAGCAAACCAGUGCUCCCUGCGCUGAAGUGCCGAGCAAACAGACAGCGGGAAAUUAUGGAAAUUUUUUAAACGAUGCAAUUAAGUCGACUGGGGAAUGGGAUGCGGAUGCGAAUGCAGAUGAGGAUGAGUUGGCUGUCUGGCCGUCAGACAACGUUGACAAGCGGGCAGGCACUGACCGCUGGGGAUGCGACAACUCGGCGCCAUCGGGGAUGAGCGCUUAAAAAUCAAUUUUCAAUAAAUUUUUAAUUGCCCCCGCACUGGCCGUCUGUGCAUCUGCUGGCCCAUCCCACAGGAUGUCCCUUCAGCAGGACACCUGCAACAUUAACAGCCAGGCCAUGUGAUACAAGCAGCUAUAAACGGAAUUUUUCAUCCGCAAUGCACCUGCAGGGAGCCUCAGUGUAAGAUGUAAUCUAUAAACGUUUUCAGUAAGGAAAAAUAUUUUAUUUUUAUGAAAAAGGAUUCUUUUGAAAAUGAAUGGACAAUGUAAUUGAAAGAAUAUAAAAUCAGGUACUAAAAAGUUGCCUUAAAUUAAUUACAAGAUGGUAUAUAUUUCCUGAUAAGAUCAUAACGUUGCUUAAAGUAUAUUUUAACUUUUGUUCAAUAUUGCAAAUUGUAUUUUUUUUAUGGUCACUAUGUUUUACUCAACUUAAGCAAUACCUUUUGAACCAUCCAAAGCUAAGGGAGCGAACUGUAAGCGUUACGCCCAUUGCACAUCCAAAUCCUUCUCAGAUUCAGUGCAUAAUUUCAAAAACCGCAAUUGGUUGCAAACUGAAAUGACGAUAAGCGAGGUAAUUGGCAUUUAGAUUGAAAUGAAGUGGAAUGGGGCGAUUUUGUAGAGGGUUUUGGGGGAGUAGAGCCCUGCAUGGGGUCCAAAUAUGGAUUGCUCAUCAAGUGAAGAGAGCUUUGAAUAGCAAUACUUCUCCAUAUAUGUAGAAGCACUUUACAAGCACAACAUUUUACUAUUAGAAUAUAUUGCAGAAGCAAACUGGUUGAAAAAAACAGUAAACUAAUGCAAACUAGACUUUUUUAUAAAAUUUAUGAAAAUAUUUCAUAGUAACUAAGAGGAAAAAAAUAUACAGAUUAGGAUUCUAUAAUAUUUAUAUAAAUAUUUCAUAUUUAAAGUUUUAUAAGAGUAUUUUUUAGAAAACUUCUCCUAAAUGGGGGUUUUUGGUAGCACAUUCUUAUACAUAAUUAUAAAUAAUUUGCAGGGUAUCAAUAUGGCUGUAGGGCAUUCGUACUGCAAUGUGAUUCCCAUCCGCCUGAUUUCCUUUUCAUGUUUGCUUUGGCUCUCGCUUUUUGUUGCGGCUCAUUGGGCAAAGCGCGCUUAGAGCGUGUUUCUGAUUGUUGGCAUUAUCUCUGGGUCCGGUCGCCACCUCCUCCGGAAUGGGGCGGGUAUCUCUAUCCCCCCCCCUCCCCCACACACACACACACACAUCAAGUAAAUGUGUGUGAGCGAAUGCUGCCUACACUGAAAAAAUAGCUUAAGUUGUUUUGAUAACUCAAUUUUAGAUAAGAACAUUUUGAAAUAUUAAUAUAUUGUUAUUAUACUCAAAAUUUUAAUAUAAAAAUUCUAUUUAAUGAAGCCUGAUUAAAUAUUUAAUUUCGGGAUGAUCAAUUUACUCAUCUAAUAUCUUAUAAUAUGUAUAUAAGCACUAUUUAUUGUUUUAAUGAUAUAUCAGGAUUGUAAAAAAUACAUUGUUUUAUCAAUUUUCACCAAUCAACAAUUAACAAUUGAGUUGAUAUAUGUAUAGGAGUUUAAUAAUG